AUGUUUGGUUUCGCAGAAGAGUCGGAUAUAAAACCGAUAAGUGGUGAACAGAGGCUCUAUAUGCAGCAGGUCCGCGCGAGAAACCAGUCACGGAUGUACGUGCAAUCGCUUGAGGCAUUGAAGAUGUCUCGGAUGAAGAAAGACAGGACAAAAUCAGAUGUAUGA